AUGUCCACUGUCAAUCCAUUCAAAUCUGCAGCUAGAAAUGAAACUAUAGAAACAACUAGAGAAGAAUUCGAGAUCGUUGAAACUCCGAAACCGUUUGGAUUUAGGAACCCUCCAAAGAACAUUUUUCGAUUAUUUACGGGCUUAAUUUGGGCUUUUGGAUUAGGUCUUUCUGAUGGUUCAGUUGGGGUAUUGUUGAACUACAUCCAGAAACAGUAUAAUAUUACUUAUAGUGUGGCAUCCACCCUCUGGUUAAGUAAUGCACUUGGAUAUAUCAUAGUUGCCAUUUUUUCAGAUCAGAUGAACCGAAGAUGGGGAAGAAAAUCCAUCUUUUUUGGAAAUAUUUCAUCGAUAAUUAUGUAUUCUUUAGUUCUGACUGGUCUGAAAUAUCCGGUGAUUGUUCUUGGGUUUUUCUUUGGGGGUCUUGGUGGUAGUGCUUGUGUUUCUCAAUAUAAUGUUUUUAUGGGAAGAUUAGAGAAAUCAUCUACAGCUUUGGGUUAUUUACAUGGUUCUUACGGACUAGGAGCAUCUGUUGCACCCUUGAUUGCAACCGCUUUUGUGGAAGCAGGUCUCAAAUGGAACUACUAUUAUUUGGUAGUAUUGGGGAUAUUUUUCUUGAGUUCAUUCAAUUCUUACUUUUCAUUUGUUCAUGAUCAAAAUGAUUUAAAAGCUUGGGAUGAAGUACCUAUCGGCGAAGAAUCGGAGAAUAAAGGAUUGAUGCGGGAAUCCUUAAAGAAUGUUACCACUUGGGUUGCUGCUUUAUUUGUAUUCUUUUAUCAAGGAGCUGAAGUUGCAUUUGGUGGAUGGAUUACGACCUACCUUAGAGACUAUAGAAAUCAUAAUAAUACUUCUAUUGGUUAUGUUGCCUCUGGGUAUUGGUUUGGAUUAACGUUUGGUAGAUUGGUGUUGACUAGAUUGAUUCAUAAAGUUAUAGGAGCAAGAAGAGGAAAUUCAAUCUUGAUUGUUUGUUCAAUUGUAUUUGCCAUGUUAACUUGGAUUAUUUCCAGUUUACCAAUAGAAAUUGUCACAAUAACCUUCGCAGGUAUAACGAUUGGACCAAUUUAUCCAUUAAUGAUAACUUAUGUUGUUCUGGAGGGCCUAUUACCUAGAAAGAUUGCAGUUAUUUCGUUAACUGUGAUGACCGCAUUUGGUUCAAGUGGAGGAGCAAUAUUACCAUUUGUGGUUGGGCUCAUCUCACAAUUUCGUGGGACAUACGUUGUUUUACCUCUGUUCAUAGCGAUGUUUAUAUUUACAUUAGUUCUCUGGUUGAUGUUGCCAAAUAGCAGAUAUUCAAAGGGAUCAGGAAAGGGAGAUAUUUUCAGAAGAAUCUGGUAA